AUGAGCGCUGCGACGAGCGGCAAGGGCUCAUUGCCCCAUCAGAUGCGCACUGCCGCCGAGCCCCGACAGAACCGACUAUACAACGUCCGGCUCUCGCAUAUCGAGCAGGCCAGUCCCUGUGUGCGACUGCUGCAGCUGACGCUUCCACCAGAAGUACAGAAUCCGGAGGACAAUUGUCAAGAAAGCGAUCAAGAAACCCAACCCCAACCAUUAACUUUCCUCCCAGGCCAAUGGCUAGAUGUCCACAUCCCCUCCAUUUCCAACGCAGGAGGAUUCAGCAUCACAUCCACGCCAGCAGACGCGCAAGUUCUUCCCCCUCUAAUUGAGGCAGCCGUCGAAGCUAUCGCCAACGAUGAACCCGGUCUUCCCCCGCCCAACCCCGGCGGUCGACCACCCUACGUAGAACUUGCCGUGCGCGAGGCACCAUCGAAUCCCGCCAGCGCAUGGCUUUGGAAGCCCGCAGACGAGAUUCUAGGCUCCGAACUCAGCAUCCGCGUCGGAGGUAGUUUUGUCUGGCCGCCUUCCGGGGUGCGACUGGAUGCGAUCCGGAAUGUGGUUUUCGUUGCAGGGGGCGUGGGAAUCAACCCCCUCAUCUCCAUGCUAUCCCACCUGAACAACGACGACGAGGCAACCACCACCCUCCGCCAUCCAUCCUUCAAAAUCCACUUCCUCUAUUCCACGAAACUGCCAGAAGGGGCGACCACAACGGCGGCGACCAGCACCGAGUCGCUUGAGAGCGUCCUGGGACAGAUCCUUUUCCUGUCCCGACUCCGACAGAUCGUAAGCAUCCAGUCGCAGCUCCGUCGUCUCCGCAUAACUCUAGACCUAUUCAUCACCAACCUGGAUGAUGAUAAGUCCUCUCCGUUGCUGAAGCACCCAUUCGAUGACAUGCGGAUCCACGGUCGACGGAUCAAUCCCCAGGAUCUGCGUGCUGCGACGAGCAAAGAUGACGGCGAAUCCGAGCCGAGUGAGACGGUAUGUUACGUGUGUGGUCCACCGGGCAUGACCGAUGAUAUGGUCAAGGGUUUGGAUGGACUACUAGGUAGUAGUGAAAGGGUGUUCUACGAAAAGUGGUGGUAG